AGUUGAGCAAAGGGCCUUGAAUUUUCCAAUUUGAUAGAAGGGUCAUUGCUGGUUUGCUAGUUUAGAUUUGCUAGUUUACUUCUGUUAAGAUAGUCUAGUCUCAGAAAUCUCCAGUUAUGCCGCAUCGCCUCCUUCCAUCCAUCCAUCCCAGGCGAUAGUUUUUCCAUCCAUCCCAUGGCAAUAGUUUUCCUGGCAUGCUCUCCCCUAACCCCAUUUUCACUAAAACCCUUAACCCAACUUUUCCCCCUCCGCUUCCCAUCGGAGAAGAUUUCUCGGUCUUCUCUUUCUCCUUUCACCCCACCACUUACAAGGGCUUCUUGUUACACUGACGCCGUGAAGCCGGUGGUUGCAGCGCCCCUUGUGAAAUUAGAUUCUGAGAAGUACGGAAAGAAGCAGGUCAUCAGCCUCUCCCCACAGCUAUACGAGUAUGUCCUCGCCAAUGUCCGUGAGCCGCAGGUUCUUCGGGAGCUCCGUCAGGAAACGGCGGGCAUGCGUGGAAGUCAGAUGCAG